AUGCUCCCAUUCACUACACUUCACUUCACUCUGCAAAGAGAAACAAUGAUGGAAGCACCAGCCCUCUUUGCUGCUCUCAAUCACCCAGUGCCUACCAGCGACUGGACUGUUUCCAAGCAUCAGCCAUUGGAAAUGGUGUUGAUGGCAAAGGCUGAUUUGGAAACUGUCAAAACUUUCUAUGAGUUCUGUCCUGAAGCGCUAACUGAAGAGCUGUUCAAAAAUGUCCUCAAAUGUGGUGCCAAACCAGGAGUGGUUGGUUUUCUUGCCACAAAGUGUCCUUGGUUGGUGAAUGAAGACAAUUUUGAGAUUGCGGUGGCACAAGGACCAGGACCUGGUAGACCUACUGAGACUGAAAUCAUUACCAUGGCUAAUAUCAAUCCAGAAAUAUUCGUGCCCAAAAGUCCACCUUUUUACCUUCCUCACUGUUUGCGCAUGGUCUUGAACUGGAAAUACAGCCUCCAAUUGACCCAAAGCCUCUUCAAAAUUAUUGCAGGAAAGACACCCGAACUCAGUUUGCCUAUGGACACAAUUGAUGGUAUAGAUAGUGUUGCUCUGUGGGUUGCCCUUGAUGAAAACUUGACCACAAAACGGACAGCAAUGGAUAUUGAGGCCGUGCGGGGUAUGGAGCCAGUUCUCAACAACAACAAUAUCAAAGCAGUUACGAACUGGUGUGUCAAUUGGGAAGUGGAUGCCUUUGUGGAAUUUGUCCGCAAAAUCCUCUCAAAUCAGAGCGUAGAGAAGCUCUCACUCGACUUCCCUGAACCCUCCCAAGACGAACAUGGACAAUCAACAUGGUUCAACUUGGGUGCAUUCCCGCAGUUGCUUCCACAAUGUAAAAUCCAAGAGGUCCAUCUAUCUCCAUGUUCAAACAAUCCGAUGGCUUUUGAUUUCCUGGAACAUUGCUUGGGUGGGAUGCCUUGUCUGAAACGAAUCGAAAUAGAGCUCCAAACUGAUGUUGAUGCUGCAUCACCAAUUAUCAGCAAUUUCCUCUGCAACAACUUCUUAUUGGAGACCUUGACAAUCCGGGCAACAAGUGACACAUCAGCAAAGGGGCUGGAUCCAAUUCUCAAUUCGCUGAAGAGCAAUCAUACCCUCGGAGGAUUCUACUACAAACAAUCUAAUCUGCAACCGGACAAGUUCAAGAGAUACCAUGAAAUUUUAGCAAGUAUUCUUCAGAAGUCCAAUACAACGCUACAUGCUGUGGAAUUUUUUGAUGGCUGCACCAAAGAAAAUUGGGGUGGCAACAGCUGCAGUGCACUGCAUCCAAGCCAAGACAUGCUGCCUUUCUACGCAACCCUCAAUUAUGUGGGACGCAAAAAAGCACGUGAACCAGAAUCCACCAAAUCUGGAUUUGUGGAUCUGCUGGUGGGGGUGCAAGAGAAUACAAUUUAUCUUGACAAUGUGGAGGACGAGGAAAAUCAUCCCGCCACAGAUGCCGAUGUUUUCAAUAUGCUUUAUGGACUUUUGCAUGAAAACCCAGGCACAUGGAGUCAUCCAGGCAACAACUCACAAGACAGCACCACAUAUGCUUGUGGAAUGAAGAAACGAAAGCACAGCGCCAUGUCUUGA